AUGCCCUUCCUGCCCGUUUUCCUGGGCAGCCAACUGGUCUACGGUCCCCUCUUCCUGGGCACCUCCACCGCCCACACCUCUACCCGAUCGGUCCUGAAUGUGUGGUGUUUGGACAAUAAACAGCUUUUCACCACAGAUUGGGUAGAGGAGGAAGGAGACUCCUAUACUGUGUCACCUCCGUUGGAGUUAGAAGAGGCCAUUAAGCUUUCUGAACUAAAGAAAGAUUCUGAGCUAAUCCAUACAUUGCCUUAUAUAGCAGAACAUCCUAAAGUACCUUGUCCAGAAGAGAAAUCCAUCCGGCACAGAGCUGCAGACCGCUGGAGAAAGCUGUAUAGUGCAAAUGGCAAUGCUCUUCAAGCCAAAUGCGUCAGCGGGCAAACUCACUGUGCCAUCUGCACAGACCGGGUAGGGGGCCUUGGCCGCCAGGUGUAUAAGUGCACCAGCUGUAAGCUCUCAGUUCACAAGAAGUGCCACAAACUUGUCACAGUUCAAUGUGGGCAGCAUUCUUUACCAUCGGAGACCACGAUGCCAGUGGAUCCAUCAUCCCUGGCUUCAGACCCUGCACAGACAAACCAGUCGACGAAGAGUGAGGAAGGGAACAAUGGGGAACGUGGCAAAGCUUCACCUGGUUUAGGUCUUCAGGACUUUGCUUUGCUUCACGGGAUAGGCAGAGGGAGCUAUGGGAAAGUACUGUUGGUUCAAGUGAAAAGAUCAGAUCGUAUGUAUGCGAUGAAAGCAGUGAAAAGAGUUUGCCAACAUGACUGGAUACGGACAGAGAAGCACACUUUACAGCAGGCAUCUAACUGUCCUUUUCUUGUUGGACUGCACUCUUCCUUCCAGACAGAAAGAAGACUGUUCUUUGUCCUAGACUAUGUAAAUGGUGGAGAUCUACUGUUUCAUUUGCAGAAACAGAAACUUCCUGAAGAACGUGCUAGGUUUUACUCUGCAGAAAUCAGUUUAGCAUUCAACUAUCUUCACCAGCGAGGGAUACUUUACAGAAAUUUGAAAUCGGACAAUUUAUUACUGGACUCAGAAGAGCACAUUAAACUCACUGACUAUUGCAUUUGUAAGGAAGGCUUACAGCUAGGAGAUACCACCAGCACUUUCUGUGGCACUCCUAGUUACCUGGCUCCAGAAAUUAUAAGAGGGGAAGAUUAUGGCUUCGGUGUGGACUGGGGGACUCUUGGAGUCCUGAUGUUUGAGAUGAUAGUUGGAGAGUCUCCAUUCCAUCUUGUUGAGAGCUCUGAUAACCCUUAUGAAAAUUCCAUCGAUUAUCUCUUACAAGUCAUUUUGGAGAGAGACAUUUUCAUACCUCAUUGUCUGUCUCUGAAAGCUGCAAGGGUCCUGUACAGUUUUCUGAACAGGGACCCAAAGGAACAAUUGGGUUGUCAACCUCGAAGGGGAUUUGCUGAUGUUCAGAUGCAUCCAUUCUUUCGAAAUGUUAACUGGGAGAUGAUGGAGCAAAAGGAGGUGGUGCCUCCCUUUAGACCAGAUAUUUCUGGGGGAUUUGGUUUGGACAACUUUGAUGCUCAAUUUACUAAUGAACCUGUCUGGCUCACCCCAGUUGAUAAUGACAUUGCCAGGAAGAUUGAUGGGUAUUAAUUUGCAGGCUCUGAGUGUACCAAUGGUCUUUG